AAAAAAUCAUUAAAAAUCGUAUUACGAUGCAAGUACCAAAGCUAUUUAACAACUUUGGUACUUGUUGACUGUUUGCAUCGUUACCGUAAAUUUGGACAACCGUAUUCGCGAGGUUCUUUAACCCGGUACAUUAAUAAAAUGGUUAAUAUUCCAAAAACCCGGAAGACCUUUUGCAAGGGAAAGAAAUGCCGAAAACAUACUUUGCAUAAAGUAACUCAAUACAAAGCAGGAAAGGCUUCUCUCUUUGCCCAAGGUAAACGCCGUUACGAUAGAAAACAAUCUGGUUAUGGUGGUCAAACUAAGCCAGUGUUUCACAAAAAGGCGAAAACCACAAAGAAAAUAGUACUUCGUAUGGAGUGUACUGAUUGUAAGUACAGGAAACAAAUUCCUUUGAAACGAUGCAAACACUUUGAACUAGGUGGUGACAAAAAGAGAAAGGGUCAAAUGAUUCAAUUCUAAAUAGAAAGAAGAAUAUCUAACUUA